AUGGCUCACGCAGCCGACACAGUCCCCCUCCUGCAAGGCCACCCCGUCGAUCCACGGUGGUCGCAAGAGACACUCUACCCAGGUCACCCGGCGUUCCAAUGCGUGAGCUACCAUCAGCCUCCACUCUCUCGUCCAGACUCAUUCCUUCCUCAGGCCGCUCCUUCAGGCAGCAACUUUAAUGGCUACCGUCAGGAAUCCGCCUAUCCUCAAUCCCGGCAGUCUUAUCCGAAUGGAUACACAGACGUUUUCAGCACAAAUAACCAGCAGCUUCACCAACAAUCACAAUCUCAACAGCAGCAACCGCAACAACAGCAGCAACAACGCGAAUCUUCCAGUACAUUGACUCCGCCCUCUACUAGUUCCUCACCGGUCAAUGAAGCAAAGGCGUCCAACGGCCAUCAACAGCCUCCACACCCCAAUGAUGAGGUAAAUCUCACGACAAGGACGAAUAACAAACACUUGGAAGCAAUGCUAUGGAUGCGCAACAACUGGAAGCCACACCAUCAGCCUCCGGAGAACCUCCUUCAGUACACCAAAGAAGCGUUGUUUGGACUAUGUGAUACUCAGGAUGCCAGAUACUGGCAACAUCAGCAGCCAAACCCUUGGGAAGUGAAAGCGCCUACUCCAUCGUCCUCGAUUGGAGAGCAGGAGGCUGUAAAACGGAGCUCUUAUGAGUAUCACCAGAGUGCCUACCAGCAGGGCUACUACGAAGGUGGAUGUGUGACUAAUUACAAGGCAGAGUCUGCGAGCAGUCCAGAGCCCACUUCAAUGGCAGCCGCCUACCACUCCGCUGCAAUGGCUGCAGCGGCGGUGGUGGCACAAGCGGCAGCUUCAGGAAAAUCACCAUCGCACCAGCAACAGCAACAGCACCCUUCCAACUUUCUGGCGCCUCCGUCUGCCAACCCUCUUCGUGUUGCCGUUAGUGGACUCUCAGCCAGUGGUCGACUUUCGAAAGGAAAAAAGUUGUCCAUAACCGAGGGUCGAGAAUGUGUAAAUUGCGGAGCUACAACAACUCCUCUUUGGAGGAGAGAUGGUCAGGGGAAUUACUUAUGCAAUGCUUGUGGACUGUACCAGAAAAUGAAUGGGCAAAACCGUCCUCUGAUUAAGCCGAAACGAAGAUUGGUAAGUUAUUGCUUAUCAGCUCUUUGUGAAGUGUGGAUAAAAGAACUAAUCCAAAUCUAG